CUCCCCCCCCCCCCCCCCCAAAAAAAAGACAUGUCGGCCGCUAGCACCGAGACCAGCGCCCCGCUGCCGACCGUCGCCAGCCGCGUCUUCUUCCAAGGCGCGCCCGGAGUGGGCUGCGUGGGGACCGGCCCCAUCAGCACCGGCGACGACCCGGUCCAGAGGAGACAGGGCAAAGUGACGGUCAAGUACGACAGGAAGGAGCUGCGGAAAAGACUCGUCCUGGAGGAGUGGAUCAUCGAGCAGCUCAGCGAGUUGUAUGACUGUGAGGAGGAAGAGAUGCCAGAGGUAGAAAUAGACAUCGAUGACCUGUUGGAGGUCACCAGUGACGAUGAAAGAGCCAGCAAACUACAGGAAUCAUUAACAGACUGCUACAAACCAACAGAGGUCUUCGUCCGUGAGUUGCUGGGCAGGAUAAGGGGAAUGAGAAAACUCAGCGCGCCAACUAAGAAGGGCCUAUAAUGGCCCGUGAUGUCGACCAUCAAUCAGUCAUACACCACCGCAUCUCAGCUCCACCUACUUAGCCCAUUCGACAUGGACCGCCAUCGCGCAGUAACAAUAACUUAUGUAAACAGCAUUAGCGAACCUGCAAACAGGCACCACAAACGCGUAUAGCACUAGUCACUUGUUUCCCAAUCACGUAGAGUGUAUUGUAUUUGACUGUUGAAAGGUACCGGGAGAGAAAACAGCCGAUGGCGGUUAAUUGAACAGCAAACAGCCACAAUAAAAUGUCACGCCCUAGAAACGAGCCGCGUGAACGCCACCUAACGCCGCAUCCCCCGAGCCAUGCCGCAGCUGACAAGCUGCGAUCCAAACAGCCAUACAGAAGAAAACGCAGACAAAAAAAAGGAGGUGGUUAAAAAAUGUCUGUACCGCAG